AUGGACUCGUUUCUGAAAGAACCGUCUGAACAUACACACGCACCUGAUCCAGACCAAGUUCAUGUCAUUCGCCUUAAAAAUGAACUGAAAACUCGUGGUGCAUCAUCGGAUGAAGCAACGAGUACAAUAUUAUUUGAGGCGCUACGAACGAUUCCAUUGAAUGUAGUUGCAGAUUUGCCUACGAAUAAUGCAUUGAUGCAAACAAUUCGACGCGAACGACCAACAAUACAACUCGACGAAAAUGGCCAUUUGCCUCUUGCAUUCCGCCAAACUGAUCGAGGUGAAAACUUUGUCUUGUAUGAAGAUGAUUCUAUGGUUAUAUUCACAUGUGACAAAAAUCUAUCCGUUUUAAAGGAAUGUCCUCAUUGGUUUAUGGAUGGAACGUUUAGCAUUUGUCCGAAAAGCUUUUACCAGUUAUUUACUGUGCACGGGAUGUAUUCACUUCAACUUAUUCCUCUUGUCUAUGCCUUACUAAUUGGAAAAAACACCAAAGACUAUGACAGACUUUUCGAACAAUUAUUAUUGCACCAUGACUAUCAACCUGAAUCUAUUCUAAUUGAUUUUGAAAGCGCCACACUGAAAUCCUCUAAAUCAUUGUUUCCACAAGCUGCCCAAAUAGGCAAAAUUAACGUGAAAAAGCUAAUGGCUCUUGCGUUUUUACCUGUAUCGGAUGUCACAAAGGGUUAUUCAACAAUUGUUGAUGCUUUCGAUGAAGAGGAUUACGCCUUACUGGAUUAUUUCGAGAAAGUCUGGGUAGGACAAAAAAUAGGAAGAGGUAGUCAGCGUAGCAGACCGAAAUUCGAUUUACGUUUAUGGAAUACUUAUGACCGAGUUAUCAGAGACUUGCCAAGGUCUAAUAAUGCAUUAGAGGGAUGGCAUAAUGCCUUCAACAAUCGGGUAUCGAUCAAACAUCCUUCCAUCACCAAGCUUGCCAAAUGUAUUAUACGUGAACAGUCCCGAUUUGAGAUUGACAUUGAACGCCUUCGUACAGGCAGCUACUCCGAAUGUCUUUCAACUGUUGUUUCAUCGAACUCUGAAGGAUCAGAUGAUGAUGCAAUCGAACCGGUGUUACCAGUUGCUGUUGUAAAUACAACUGAUCCGCUCAUAUCGCAUCAGGCUGAUGCACCGAAUAUUCCGACAAAUGGUUAUGAAUUCGAUGAUGACGAUCGAAUUGAUAAUGACGAUUCUCCUUCUUUGUUUACUAACGCAUCUAUUACUGUUCGUUUUGCAACGAUGGCAAUCAUGAAAUUCGCAAUGUCUGUAAACCUGGACAAAAGUCAUACGAUGAAGCUACUGAAAUUAGUGAAAUCGUUACUGCCACACCCCAAUACUUUACCAACAUCGCAUCACUCUGUUUUGAAAUUAUUUGGCCGGACAAGUGCUUUCACUUCGAAAUAUGUUUGUGAAAAGUGCGGAAAUGAUAUUGGUGAAGGUAGUGGUAGCGUCAAGCGAUGUUUCAAUUCCAAUUGCCCUUAUUUUAAUCAAAACCUGGUGAAUAAUCGAUUUACCGAAAUUGUUACCAUGGAUAUUCGAUCAGCCAUUCACUCUGUCGUAAAACAAAAUUUCAACUUAUUUUCGACUGACCCAAGCCUGUUUCCUGUUGGUGAUAUAGUACACUCAGAUUUCUAUUCGAACCAUAACAAACAUAACAAAAAGCAGGAAUUAACCCUUAUUGUUCACGCGGAUGGCGCGCCACUGGUUCGCAGCUCUCAACAAAGUCUUUGGCCCUUGCUUGCCAACAUCGUCGAAAUUCCUCCACCUUAUCGAGAAUAUCAACGCAACAUUCUUGUCCUUGCUCUAUGGUCGAGCCGGAAAAAGCCCGAUGUCGAUACGUUUCUCAAUGUUGUUCUCUCUCAACUAAAAACAUUAAUGGAACAUGGUACAACUAUCGUCAUUAACGAUCAAGAAUAUCAUUUCGUUAUAAAUAUUCAAGGCUUCAUUGCUGAUUUGCCGGCGAAAUCGCUGUUCCUGAAGACAAUUAAUUUCAACGGGAAUUAUGCCUGCACGUGGUGCUAUGCACGCGGUGAAUACAACUUAAACUCUCGUGUGAUGCUAUACCCGUAUAAUCGAAACGGAAACCAUUUGCGUACCCAUGAUGAAUUCUUACAUGAUGCUCAAUUAGCAGCUAUUAGAAAUGAAGCGGCAGCACGGGAAGUGAUAAUUAACGGUGUACGUGGAUUUUCACCUUUACUUUCAAUUCUCCGGUACCCCAAAAUGCGUUCUAUAUGA